CACAAGCCGAGAAAACCAGCAGCCAAAACCAUUAGGUAUAUAUAGAAAUGGCGAAGUCAUGCAGAUGUAUUCAAUCAUCGAACUCAUUCAUGUACGUACUCAAUUUACCAUAUCAUAUCCUUGCAACAUUUGAGUUUUUAGCUAGGGUUCAUAAUGAUUCGGAACGGUACAGUUGAUAAUCCAUCAGCGUCGUCAUCAUCAUAUAGUCAUACCAAUGGUAAUAGUAGUGAACAGCAGUCUAAAUAUAGGGGCGUAAGAAAACGUAAAUGGGGUAAAUGGGUAUCAGAAAUUCGACUACCAAAUAGUCGAGAAAGAAUUUGGUUAGGUUCUCAUGAUACACCGGAGAGAGCAGCUAGAGCUUUUGAUGCUGCACAGUUUUGUCUACGUGGUCAAGAAGCUAAAUUCAAUUUCCCUGACAAUCCUCCGGAUAUUCAAGGUGCUAGCUCGUUGUCUCGAGCUGAAAUUCAAGAAGUUGCUGCUAAGUACGCGAAUGAAGAAGAAGAAGUACAACAUAAUGAAGAUAUAAUUAGGUUUGGAAAUGAACAUACUAAUGAUAAUAAUGUUCAUAUGGAUUGGGAACUCUUGGAUUUAUUGUCAGUUUCCAGGGAUACGGAUGAUACGCUGAGUAUGGCUAAUGGUGUGUCGGAUUUUGGAGUUUUUUCCGAUGCCAAUGAUUUUCCGGGAGAGUUUUUGACGCUAUCACCACAACUUGAAUUUGUUGGUGAUUACGAAGAUGAAAAUGAUGGUGGAGUUUUUAGUCACCACUCAUCUCUUUGGAAUUUUUAAAUUAUUGAACCAACUCGGGCGAGUUUUAGUAUGCCGAGUUAACGAUUUUUACGUAGGAGUUUGUUUAAUUGCAUACAAGUAGUGACUGUGGAUGGCUCCUUUUUGUGCCAUCCUUUGAAUCACAGUAAAACCCUUGAGGCUAUGAACUCGAGUCGACUUUUUUUCAGACAAUAGUGAUCAGAGUCAAAUCGGGUAAUUCAGUGUUUAUUAUCACGCCCGGUUCACGGUAGAGAAUAUCAGCCACAGUAUGUAAUUCUUGAUUCUUUCUUCUCGUUUUUUGUCAUUUUGUUUUAAAUGAUUUUUCUUAAAAACUUUUCUUUAUAGAAAAGUGGUGAAUUGUAUUGUAUUUU